CAUGCCCUGGCCUUGACUCCAAACUCAAACCAUACCUUAUUGAUUCAAUAUAUGUAGGGAUGGACACCUGUUCUACUCUGCUUCCUUCUCGCUCUCUUUUUUACAGUCUUGAUUAUGUGGGUUUUAUCUGCGCCAAACUUGGUGCAAAACCACGCCCACGAGUAGCCGAGCAAAAGCCGCGCUGAUUGGACAGCUUGUUCUGACGUUCCUCUUCAGGAAGUAAACGCGACAUUUUCGGGUUUGGUAUAUAAGCUGGUAUUAAAAUAAGAAAAGUAACUCCUAGCGACAUCAACAGACUGCAAAGCGUUAUUGAUUUACCUCGCAGCCAGUGGACUGACGAUUGUCGACACUGCUGGACAUAUUUUCAAGCUAUUAGCUAGCAAGUUUACAUUUGCAAGUAGCUAGCUAGCUAGUCGAGUGUGCUGCUGUGUUGAGACGGACAACCAUCAUCAACGGUAUUGCUAACUAACGUUAACCUCAACUAAAGAGCUUUCCCCGUUGUCACGUGCGCUACCGUCGCCGCUCCAAAAUGCCUCGCGAGUGCGCUGUUAAAACGUGCGACAACAAGCAAAAGACUUGGUCGGCUCUAAUGUUUCACCGACUUCCACUGAGUCAUCCGGACCGAUUGAAACUGUGGCUGAUUGCUCUGAACAAAGAUGCUAAUACCGCGACCGAUGACCUCAGAAAGUUACUCGUUUGCUCGGAACAUUUUCUACCGGGGGACUAUUACGAGAAGCUGGGACAGGACAGACACAGCAGGAUGAGAAUCAUGAAAAGUUUCCUGAAGGAUACAGCGGUGCCGUCGGUGGCCGUUCACGCGCCAGGACAACGUGGAAUAAUAUCGGUUGAGACGGGAGACGUACCUCCAGGGACUGACUCCCUGUCUGCUGGAGGGGCAUCUGGUCCCACCCCACAACGUGGAGGGUCAGGUGUUGCUACGACCGGGUUCCUCUCCCACCGGGGUCUGCAGCUGACAGAGCCUGCUUUAACCUCUGGGGCGUACGUGGCUCUGGCUCCCACCUGUUCACUUAGUAAGGACCUCCCCUCUACGACGACAACGGGAGACGCAUGCAGAAGGAAAAAAACAAAGACCAACGUUCCUGUGACGCGCAGGAAGAAAGGUCAAAUGGACGCAGCCGUUAAGAAGACUUCAGUGAAGGACUGUACCAGUAUGAGCUCUGCUGCUGGUUCCACCUCCAACCCCUCCACCUCCAGCCUCUCCACCUCCAACCUCUCCACCUCCAGCCCCUCCACCUCCAGCCCCUCCACCUCCAGCCCCUCCACCUCCAGCCACUCAUCCAACUUUGACAGUAGGGUGUCGUCAGGCGAACCGGACGGAGAACCGGACGGAGGAGGAGUUUGGAGCGAAAGGAAAUGGAUGGUGAACGAGUCGAAGCUCAAGGAGCUUUUCCAGACGUGUCACCAGUGCGGCGCUGCGUUGCGUAAUCGGACCAUAACCGCGUUGGGCUACAGCCAAAUCAAAGUCACCUGGACGUGUCCCGAUGAGCACCGAGGAGAGUGGCAGUCGUGUCCCGAUGCGUUCGGUAUCGGUCACUACCUGCAGACGGUGGGUUACAGAGUGUUGCUGGACUCCAUGAAUAGUCCGUUUGUAAGUCACGACUAAGUAUCUACUACAGUGUGUGUGUUAUCUAGCGAAUACCUGGGUCGUAGUAGCCUCCUGUUACCAGACUGAUGACCUACUGCCAGACUGAUGACCUACUGCCAGACGGAUGACCUACUGCCAGACUGAUGACCAACUGCCAGACUGAUGACCAACUGCCAGACUGAUGACCUGCUGCCAGACUGAUGACCUGCUGCCAGACUGAUGACCUGCUGCCAGACUGACGGCCUGCUGCCAGACUGACGGCCUGCUGCCAGACUGACGGCCUGCUGCCAGACUGACGGCCUGCUGCCAGACUGACGGACUGCUGCCAGACUGACGGCCUGCUGCCAGACUGCGGAGCAAAACACAAUAGAAACUUACAGGACUUCACUAUGGCUGUACUGGGUUGAGGGGUACCUCUCUAUGGAUGUACUGGGUUCACGCCCAAUUUUUCAGUUUUUGAUUUGUUAAAAAAGUUUGAAAUAUCCAAUAAAUGUCGUUCCACUUGA